UCGUACACGCAUACCUGCCGCCACAACGUCGGAACCCACAGCGUAACAUGUCAAACAAGAUCGUCCCAGAGAUAUAUCGCGCCGUCAUCGACGAUGUUGUAUCAAGUGUAAAAGUAGAUUUUGAAGAAUAUGGAAUGGAAGAAGAGAUUCUGAUGCACCUCCAACAAAAAUGGGAAGCUAAGCUGCUCGAAACACGAGUCGCCGACUUUGCCCGUGCCGGCUCAUCCUCAAGAUCCCCAUCGCCAACUCUUGAAUCAAAGCCCGAAGCUUCUUCACCCCCCGCUGGUCCUUCAAAUUCCCAAUCGGCCGAUAUGUUCCCAUUCCCUCGGCAGGGGCAAGUCCAAGGCUCGAGUGCUGCCAUGCCUGGUGCUCCUGGAGUAGGCGCGCUGGGCACAAAUGGGUUUGUCAACGGUGGGGUACAAGUGCCGAGUGGACAACAACAGGGUGAAACUAGAGUGAAGAUGGACCCUGACGAGGUUAUGCGGUUAAGAGGCGGAGCGGCUGAGGACGGUCACAAACCGGAACCAAACGCUGCAGGUUUGCUGCCAGGGGACGACGUUAUCGAUUCCGAUCUAGAUGACUCCGAUGAUGAGUUUAGAGGUGAUGUCGACGGUGGUGAGGAUGAAAAUGACGUUGAUAUCGUUUUCUGUGUGUACGACAAGGUCCAAAGAGUAAAGAACAAGUGGAAGACGGUGUUCAAAGACGGAAUGAUACAUCUUAAUGGGAAAGAUUAUCUUUUCGCCAAAUGUAAUGGCGAAUUUGAAUGGUAAUCUUCGCCCUCGUCCUCUUCUACCAAUAUUUCUUCAUCGCUUCACCUACUGCCUUGUUUUAUCUGUCACGACAUAGCGUGGCCCUUCAUCUUUCUUAUCACCAGCUCAACAAUUUCCCAGAGGAGGAAAAUCCAAAAUCACAUGUUUUCAGAACGCCUUUUUGUAUUCUCAAUGUCUCCAUACGCUCGUCCUCCCUUCCCCUCGCUCCCUUCUUCUUUCCGGCUUUUCAUGUGCCAAGCAGGGACUUUACAACUUAAGCAAAACAUAAACAGUAAAUCUCCAUCACGUUAAUGUCAUGUCUCACAGUUUAUGUAACGGAGAAAAUCCGAAUAGGCCCAGAAUGCGUGGUCAACGAUGCAUUGCUUUUGUAACUAGUG